AUGGAGGCUUCUCGUCAGUUGAGUGUGGACUGCAACACUUCCAGAGCAGUAUCCACCCUUGAUCCUACUUACAUAUCUCCCAUCAUCCAGCAAUUUCCACCUAAUCCUGAACCCGCUCGUCCUGACGAUCCAUUCCACAGUCAUUUUCAUCAGCCACAGCAUCCUCUGCUGCUCCUGCGACCGCCAGAAGCGGCUUCAUUUGGAGGUCCAACUCCAACCCAAACCCACUUUGACAAUACUCCACUGGCUUCAGAAGCAUUUUUCCUAUCGGAGCUUAAUCCGACCGAACCAAGAGAAAAUGUUAUACUUGAAAACUACGACAUCACAAAUUUACUUGCCAAUCCAGAACUUCAAGGUAGACCCAGUGAGUUCACCGCAGACCUCCCCGCCCAAUCCAGCUUCUCCGAUAUCGAGCAAAGACGAUCUUCUGUGGAAAUCCUCAAUGAAUUGCCCGCUGAAUCCUCCGUCGAUGCUCAACAAUUCACGGAGUUAAUACACCGCUUUCGGUACUAUUGGCUUCUUGACAUAUUCAACGAGAUUGGCUGGUGGAAGGUCUUGAUGCCAAACUACUGUGUUCGUCUAGCUCAGGCUGCUGAAGUCGAGGGAAAGACACCACCCGGAUCUCAGUUUCUUCUCAUUGACUGUUUACUUACCUGCUCUGAGGAGGCUACCCUUGAGCGAAUUCUCGAAGUAUCCCACAACCAGUACACAGAAUGGGAGUUUUUCGAAACUCGAGAGGUGAACGGAUCGACAUUUAGGGCUUUCGAAAGAGUUUUGCUAAGUGUCACUCUCAUUACGUUAGCGUUACUUCUACACCUCACGUUGGAUCAAGGGUUGGUGUUGGACAAAACCUUCCAGCUCGUGUUGGCCAACCAGGGUAAGCUAUUUCAAAAGCUCAUGCUCCGCUUGUCGCAAGUUCCUUCCGGUCGUUUGAAGAAGUUUAAGCAAUCUCCUCUAACCGUGGAGUGUAUCAAGGCCAUGACGAUUUUGCGGUUCAUGAUAAAAAAUAACAUCCAGGCUAGAAACGCAGCUUUCAGCUACUCCCUUGUCUCCACCGAUCCCGACUCCAUCUCGCAAACCAUCAUUGAUUAUGAAAUCACUCAGGCUGCUGACUGGAGCCACUUCUUCACGAUCACGCUGUACGAAAUGGAGCUCCUCAAUAGUCGCUAUGCCAACUUGGACCUUCCACAAAUGGAUCCAUAUACAUUGCUGAAUGCCGUCGGCUUCGAAUCCGACUCAAAGAAAUUGAGAAGCCUGUUGUGGGAGCUCAUCAAAUUAGACUAUGUCACUGAUAACCCGGGACUACAGGGGUAUGUUUCUCUUGACGAUCAGGAAUUGAACUCGCUAAGGAACACAGACAUCAACACAGGGAGACAACUGGCAUUUCAGCUCAUAACUCCUAACGAACGGAGUCUAGCCAUGAAUUUUCUUUCAAAACACCUCGACAAAAUCGAGCACGCCUCGAACCACGAUACCAAUGCCGCUUGCAUCAACUUGCUACAAGCAAUCGACGCAUCAUCGAUGGAGAAAAAACUCAAAGCCCAGUGGCGCCGUCAUUUUUCUUGGGUUUUUGAAUAA